AUGAGUAAUCUAGAAAACUUAUCAGAAUUCAAAUUCCUUACAGACAGCGCCUUCGACCCGAACAACACAACCCGACCAAACCUCACCUUAAAUUCCAAGAUGCUGCGUUGCCUUUUGUUCGCUUUCCUGUUUGCUGCGGCGACGUCCCAGCAGGUGGCUCCGUGCAAGUGCGGCGCCUUCAUCUCCGGCGACGCUGGCGACAUCCUGCUGUAUGAGCUUCCCCCGAUUGAAGUGCACAGCUGCGACCAGAGCCACCCUUGCGAGUCCCGCUGCGUCCAGGAGUUCGAGAUGAUGUCUGGCGGCGGCGACUUGGACUUCGUCACUUCCACCAACGCGACUGUUGGCGAGAUUUUGUGCGGCGGGGCGGGAAUGGCCGUCGCUGCCGAGAACGUGUACGCCUUCUACGAGCUGUGCGACGGCCCCUGGGAGCUGACUCCCGUCACGAGUCAGCAGCCCCUCUGCUGCACCGACGCCGCUGAGUACGUUCCCUGCUAAACGAGAACAGCUGUACACGUGGAGUCCAACUUCACGAAGCGUAACGACUAGAUUUAUUAACAGAUAAUUGCACAAAAGAAAAGAAAAUUAAUAAAAACAAGAUUAUA